CAUAUCAGGUCACACAUGGCUCUUCCCACUGAAUUGUCUAAUAUAUUUGAACGGUCAUUUCAGUCAGUCAUUUAAUUAUAUCACCAUGAAGGUUACAAUCGUCUUUCUUGCUGUUCUCGGAGUAGCUCUGGCGCAGGAUCCCGCGACCACUGUGCCCACAGCUGCCGUGACCGGCGGAGUUGCCCCCGGGGGGUCAUGCACCAAGACCACAGACUGCGGCGAGGGGUACUGCUGCGUCACUAAAUUCAUCGGCGGCAAGAAGCGCAUGCUGUUCGACGACCUCUUCGGCAGCCACAACAGCGGCAAGUGCGAGCCGGAACGCAAGGAGAAUGACCCUUGCCACGUGUUCAUGGACCACGACAUCUUCAACCCCAAUCUGUUCGAGGACUACUGCCCCUGUAUGACCGGUUUGGAGUGCCGGGGCGAGACGGUGGACGAGACGGGGGGUACCAUCACGCACCACAACCCCAAGUGUCAACCCAAGUCUGGAAGCAGCGCCAACUAAUCUUCCUAUAUUAUUCGAGAUACCCGGAGGUAACCCGAUGUCAUCGCAUGCAAUACUCGAAGUUACCCAUUACUUGUCACUGCAAUAAAAAUGUGGACAAAUUG